CACCUCUUCUGCUUCAGCGUCACCUUGUUGCAUUUGGGUCUUUCUCCCGCUGUGUGUCUGUCGAGUUCAUAUUUCUCGUCCCCCAGUUGUGGUCUUUUCUCGUUUCUGCGUGGCUCAACGCGUCGCUGCUGCUGGAUGCAUGCAUGGUCGGGCUCUGUAACGUCGCUGGCCGCACCUCCGCUCUCUAGAUCGCCAGCCUGCUGCCUGCUUUCCUCCCAGCAGCCAUGGCAUCUACAGUAGCCUCGGCCACCCCUUCCGACGUUACCAUCAACAUCUUCAAGUCUCUGCCGACGAGACCCCCGACGCCUCCCCGAGAGCCGCCAGUCCCCGACCCCGACGUCUCCCUUCGAUCCGUCAUCCUCUCCCGCUCUCAGGCCUUCGACCCGCGCCGGAGCCUCCAGACACCACCCAACGCCCACUCCCCGUCUUCGCCCGUCCCGACAGGCUCCUUUCCGAGCUCGAGUAAGACGCGCAAGAAGGUGGAGUGGUCCAGCCGCACCGAGUACAAGGACCCUCCUGACUAUCGCCCUGGCGUUCGAUCGUCUCCCGCCUCGGCACCUUCCUCAGCUUCUUCAAAGCCCAUCAAGGGCAUCCUGAAGCGGUCAUCUUCUCCGACACACCUAGUCUCGUCUCUAGGAAGCCAACUGGAUGACUCGACUGCCCAGCUGAAUAUCGUCGAGAUGCUCGAGUCAGCCGUCCGGCAACUCGCCGGUUCCGAUCGCGACUCCAAGCUGGACGCCUACAUGAUGCUUGCUCGCGCGUUGAAAACGUCCAGCAAUCUGCCCGAUCGGGUUGCUUUGCAGGAUAAGAUGAGCCUCUUCACUCAGUUCAUAGAACGGGACAUCACAUCGAGAAGCGACAACGGCAACCUCGACUCAUCCCUGAUCAACCACGCUCUCAGCCUUCUUGCCACAUUCCUCAACUUCCAAGCCAUAGCUUCAUCCAUCGCCUCAGACUUUGGAAUCUUCAUGAUUGACCAUGCUAUUCGGAGCUUUGAGGACCCCUCGGUACCCAAGGACGUUGUCCGCCAUUUGAUGCAGGUGGUCGCUCUGCAGAGUUUCUCGGCCAAGGUUCUUACUUCAGAUAGGGUUGGACGGCUCGUGGCAGCCUUGCACAAUCUUGAAGGCCACCUCAAGGGGAAAAGCAUCGUCAUGAGCAGAAUAUGGAUUUACAAGCGGCUCGUCCAGCAGUCCCGCGCUCACAUGGUGGCGCACUCUGACUGGCUCAAAGAUCUGUUUACUGACAUGCUCAGCUCUAUCAAAGAGAUCCGAGCACAAGCAAUUAGUUUGGGGACAACCUCCGGCUUUCCGCUUCGAUCUGACAAAGCCCUUUCACGCAAGGUCGCCGAGAUCUUCAAGGCCGUCAACGACGACGAAACGUACAUUGACUUCUACAUCAAGAGGCUACAAGCCAUGCUCAAAGACAAGCAAGUGAGCUCCGCGGUGCCUCAGAUCUGGAGCGUCAUAAUUCUCUUUUUGCGUUGCCCUCUGGACCGGUGGCAGUACUACGGCCCGUGGCUGACGCUCGUUCAAACGGCUUUUAAUUUGCCUGACGUAACCACCAAACAAGAGGCAAACAAUGCGUGGAAUCGCUACGUCUAUCUUUCACUUGUUGACAGCAAGCUCCCGAGGAAAUCCAUCAGCAUACUCUGCCAGCCCUUAUUGAGCCAGCUCAAAAGAAAAGCUAGCGCAAAGCAGCAAGAACUUCGAAGAAUAGUUAUGGGUGGAGUGUGCAGCCUGUACUACUUCGCAUUCGCUCAGAGCGACGACAAAUACCCCACUGACGUUGUCUGGGACGCUGCUGUGCAGCCCGUUAUUGCCCAACUCACUAUUCUGGACGGCAAUCCUGAUGCUCCCACAGAUUCCCCCUUGCAGGCAGCUCGGAUACUGGUCGGAUUGCUUGAUGUGUCCACGCCACGGCCGCCGCGCAGCCUCGACCGGAUCAUGGAUCCAACGCCGCUCAAGCCUGAGGACCUCCUCCCGCUCGACUCCAAAUGGGUCAGGAGGAAUUGCGACAAGGUAUUGCAAGCCGCCGGACCCAUUCUGGAGAAAAAGUUCUUGGACCUUGCCAACAAGGAGAGUUUGGUAUAUAGGCUGUGGCAAGCAUUGGUCAAGACUGUGGCCGCAGCAUCAGCCAAGGACAUCAAGGUAUCCGACGAGACAACGAAAUUCUUUGCUUGUAGCUUCAGUCUACUGUCCAAAGUCUGGACUACUGGAACAACAGGUGACGAUGCCGCUCACAGCACCAAGUUUCUCUCCAGCUCGAAGCACUACGUCCAGCUAUUUGUCGAGGGACUCGGCGUGCUGCCGUUUACGGAGAAGAAGCUCACCAUGUGCAACGACAACAACUUUGAACCAGCCGCGACCCCAUCACAACGAUUCGACAAGGUUGAAAAAGCCCAAGGAGUUGUUCGAAUACCCUUGCACCACUUGUUCGUCAUGCUAUGCUCGGUUCCUCCUGGCUGCAGCGACAAUGCGGACCUGGCAGAAGUGUUCCAGGAGAUUUUUGAGCCAUUCUUCGCCGGCAAGAGCGUCAAGGCACGUGCUGACCUUGCGCGGGAACUCGUGCAAUUGCUACCGCGAAAUACACUCUCGCCCUUUGGGCCGUGGCUGUUGGCGGCAGACAAAGUGAAGCCGUCUUUGGACAAGGCCAUGCCGCCGUCUGGCUCCGCUGUGCCUAGCAGUGAGAAGUUUCUCGGUCCGGAAUAUCGAGAGAUCGUAUCCCUCCUCGAGCGCGGUCUCUUGUGUCACCCGAACUUGCCUACUGCGCACUGGCAGACACUGUUCGGCCUCUUGUCUGCGAAUGUCGUUCGUGACUUCGGUGACGCUGGUCGCGCUGUUGUCCUCGUUGAGCCCCUUGCCAAAGCACUUCUCGAAAAUGCAAUGCCAGACCGCUUAUCCACGUCAAUUUCACGGACGUGCGUCACAGCGAUGCUGUUUGAUGCUGCAAAGGUGCCGCGCGAUCGACAAGCCUUGGACACCGCUCGGCUCCGGCUUUGGGGGGCUCCUCCAACAUUGGGCAAAGCUGCUUCCCCCGACCCCUUCGAUUAUCUUUACAAACUCGGCAACGCCACUCUUGUUUCCCUGUACGACACUUAUGGGGAGCUUGAGACGACGACUGACACGGAUGCUCUGCUCGAAGCUGUUGGCAAGUUCCUGGAUCGGUGUGUUUCAAUUUCGACAGCAAUCAAGAUGAUGUCUCGAAUGCAGGCCGGUCUCUGCCCCUGGCUUCAAGAUGAGAAGGCUCAUGUUCGGUCACAUGAGGAGUCUUCCAGUUUGAAGACGUUGAACCAGAUUUGGGAUCGACUAUGCAUUGAAUUGACUGCGUAUGGGCGUCUUGAGAAGAAGGAUUUUGAUCUAGUGGAGCCACUGCUCGUGUCUGCGUUCAAAAGCAAUCACCCGUUUGUCGUCAGCCGAGCAGCUGAUGUCUGGAAUGCUGUGGUGAAGGAUGAGGAGAAGGUCGAGUGCUCGGACAGUCUCAUGUCCAUCGUCUCCUCCCUCCGGUCGAGAGUUAACCUCGUCAUACCUGGGGCUGAUGUCCCAAGCGGCGACUUUGGCGCACAAGCGUCUUCUUUCGUUGAUCUCCCGCAGCACGAAAGCCCUGUGGUUCUUUCUUCGUCAUCGACGCGACACAACUCGAGACAGGCUGCUUCUCCGGCAGCAUUGGUGUCCAAGCGGCCUCUGACAAGAAAGCGCCGCUCCGAGAUUGCGUCGGAACUGCUUGAAAAGCCGGCCAAGAGGGUGAGCACAUCACGACUUCGCCACGACAAUUCUCAGAUUCACUUUGCGACCAUUGUACCUUCUCUUCCAGCCCAAGAAGAGUCACAGCAUCUGACAGAGCGCCAAAAGGAGGUUCGUCAGAGGCAGCAGGAAAACGCAGCCAUAUAUCCUGGCGUGCACUCGAGUCCUGACCCCGGUUCUGCCGCGGUCGAUCCCGCGACAACGGAUAAGGCAGACGCUCCCGAUCAAGACCUCCCGAAAGAGAGCACGCCAAAGCGAAACAUGUCCUUUGAUGAGAUGAUCAGCUCGACGCCAACCCCCAGACGAGGGCAGAUACUUCCCAUGGAUGACAUGAACGAUCCUCCUUCGUCUCCCCCUCUUCCACGACCAUAUCCUCUGCUGUCGGAAAUACAGUCGAGGUCCAGAGCUAAUAGCUCCCUGGAGGAUUGGCAGUUUUCCUCCCCAACAGGGUCUCCAACAGCGAACUUCCAAGCGCACGCGCAGGAAAUGAAGCCCGCGGAGACAAUUCCGCAACCCCGGAGCCGUCGGACUGGUCGGAGACGCUCCGCCAGGUCGCGAGGCUCAGGCAAAGUCAUUCCCUCCAGCAUCCCGGAUGAUGAUCUCAGUGCCGACGGGAGCCAAGGGGUUUCGGAGUCCCCAAGCAAGGCUGCUAACCCGCCCAGCACACCUCCACAACGGCAUUUAGAACAUGCUGUCCCAAGCCAGGUUCAGGAGACACCAAAGUCUGAAGAUGACGAGUUUGUGGACGCCCGAAGUAGCCCUAAGAGGUCUUCCCCUCCCCACAGGCUUGAACCAACAGCACUUGAUGCCGGCAACGAUGUUUCUUUUGCCCUGAGCGAAGGCGAUGAGAGCCAGAUGAUGAACCUCGUUGUCGAACUGGAGGCUCGGCGCUACGGUCUGCCAGGACCCAAGGGCAACGGCCGCCGCAGGAGAAGCAGUGCCAAGCAAUUGCCUGCCAACCGGUGCAUCGCAGUCCACGCCGAUUCGCCAUCUCCCCAAGGUCCUAUGACGCGCAGCGAGUCUAGAAAGCUGGCAUCCCGCGUUGCGGAGGCAAUCCCAGACGAAUCUAGGGAAUCUGAUGGUGGGUUGAAAAGGAAGCGGAAGCGCAGUCCCCGAAAUGCUGGGAGCCGGAGUAAGAGACGGCGAUCGCGGGAGGUCGAAGACGAGCGCACGGGACCGGAACAAGUCGCAUCCAACUCGGAGAUGCGCGCAAAGGAGAGCGAAGAGCAGCAAGGUCCUACUGUGGGGACGAGACGCACCUCACGCCGUAGGGCGCGUCGAGAAUCCCCGUCGUACAGUGUACAGGAGACGAAGCCGACAACCACUAGACAGGACAACGAGGCGCCCGAUGGCGGAGACACGGAUGAGGAACUCAUGUCGCAGCUGGUUUCGGAAUCGUUCGCUGCUUCGGUUUCACGCGACGAGCCGGAGCAGGAGGAGGGGGCACAAGUUGGGCCGAAGACGUUGACAAGCAAGCUCAGCGCGGAAUCACGCGAGGAGCAUGAGGAAGGUGGUGACAAGACCAAGGCGAUCAUGGAGACAUUGCGGAGUGGUUUAGAGAAGCUCCGCACCGCAAAGCUGGACCGCGACUCAGUUUACGAAGUGGAGGACAUGUUGAUGGACUUCAAGAGGGAGCUCUUUGAGGCGGAGAAGAGGGGCCGGGAGAAGAAGUAAGGCCAGAGGGUUUGAAGGCGACUGUUGCGAGAUGACGAUGCAUACAUUGAUGGCGUUUAGGCGACGGACGAGCAUUUUUAGGGUGUUGCGGCACGCAGCUUGGUUGAUGGACUGGCCAAGGAACAUGUCUCGCUAGGAAUAUAUUUGGCAGAGACGUAGUUAGGGCCAUGUCCAUGUGUACAUACAUGACAACUGGCAACAUAGUGUAAAAAAGACAUGCCACG